AUGGACACUACCACCAAUGAUGGUCAAGUCUCCCCUGACGAGAUUAGGGCCAAGUUUUCAAUGGCAUUGUCUGAAAUGUACCGCGCAGAGGUUCCCCAAUACGGAACUCUGGUAAACAUUGUGUCGGAAAUCAAUCGUCAACAAAAUCAGCACGCUUCGAACACGCAAUACCGUCUAGAGGUCGAGAGACACGGCGCAAUUCGUCUCGGCACCCCCGCUGAGCUUCAAAUGAUCCGACGCCUAUUUUCAAUCAUGGGCAUGCAUGCGGUCGGCUACUACGAUCUCUCAGUUGCUGGUCUUCCUGUCCACGCAACUUGUUUCCGGCCUCUUACCAGUCACGCACUCGCCCAUAGCCCCUUUCGCGUCUUCACCUCCCUGCUGAGGCUGGAUCUCAUCAACGAUGACGAGUUGCGCUCGUGCGCGGAGAGGGUCCUAAGUGAUCGGAAAAUCUUCACGCCUCGAUGCAUGCAGCUUAUUAAAGAGUUGGAGGCCCUCACGUCAGUGCCCAAGGCAAAAGCAGACGACCUCAUCAUUGAGGCUCUCGAGACUUUUCGGUGGCACAAGACUUCAACGGUCGAUGUACAGACGUACAGACGUCUUCAAGAGGCUCAUCCCUUGAUCGCAGAUGUGGUGUGCUUCAGAGGACCUCAUAUCAACCAUCUUACGCCUCGGGUUUUGGACAUUGAGGCCGCCCAACUUGAAAUGCACGAGCACGGCCUGCAGGCAAAAGACAGGAUAGAGGGGCCACCAUCCAGGCAGUUCCCCAUCCUCCUGAGGCAGACCAGCUUCCUCGCUCUCGAGGAGGAGAUCGCAUUUUCUAGUGGGUCCGAGAAAGGUGGUAGACAUAAAGCGCGAUUCGGGGAGAUAGAACAGCGAGGUAUUGCUCUGACUCCCAAAGGUCGGCGCUUAUACGACGAUUUGUAUGGCAAAUUCAUGCGCGAACAAGAGCAAGGAUCUUCAAAAGAGGCUGCCUUGAUGAAGACUUUCCAGGACUUUCCUGACGAUCUGCACGUCUUGCGUCAACAACAGCUCGCAUACUUCACUUACCAUGUCAUCGGAAAGCCCUAUUCUAGGAUGUCUCAUUUGGAUGAUAUUGAUGCGUUGGUGAAGUCUGGAAUCUUGGGGUUUGAGCCUAUCACUCCGCCACCACACCAGAUCACACCCCACGCUAUAUUUUGGACCUUGACCAUCCUGACUGAGCAGGCAUUUCUCAAUCGCGGUCACUUCACGUUUUCGUUGAGUGCUGAAUCCAGAAAAGACGCCGAGGAGAGAUGCCUCAGGGCUGCUUUCCGCAUUUGGAAGCUCGUUGAGGUUUAUAAGCAGACCUUCACCCUCCGCCGCGCUCAGUAUGGCAUAUCAUAUGCAAGCUACUGUGCGGUCGUUGUCAUUCUGCAGCAAACCGGUCAAGACUCUGAGGAGCAUAUCAACUGCAUCCGCUGCUUUUGGCUGGCGCUGCUUGAAUAUCAAAAAGGCUGUAAUUACGGCCUUAAACGACCUUUGAACCUGCUCAAGUCUCUCAUGCUGCGUUUAGAAAAGGUCGCGCAGAACAUUGACAUGGAAGAACCCGCAGAUGAGAUUCAAAAUCUUCCAGGCAGAUCUUGA